GAGAAUUCCUGCAAUAACUUUGUCAUUUUUAGGCUCUGACAUUAAAGUUCUCGAAGAUCAAUUUGAUGAACUAAUAGUAGAGACAGCACUAAUGCGUAAACAGUGGCCCAAAAAGAUACUGGUCUGUGCUACCCAAACCAUGAAAGCUGAGCAAGAGAUGUUGAAGCUCUACCAGCCUGUGGUAACAACAGAAGAGAUAAGGCCUCAGCCAUCUCAAGAUGAUUGCAUCGCAGAUCUGAAGCAGCGGGCAGAGGUGGCAUCCAAACAGAUCAGUGGAGCAAUGAAGUCUCUCACAGCACUCAUAGAAAAAGCAGAAGGUUUUUCCCAAGCAUUAUCUUGGCAACCAACCCUGGAGCUCAGCAAACUGCGGCAAGAAGUCUUUGCUGGUUGCAAGACGAAGGAGGAAAGCAGUGUCCAAAUGUUUGUACCACCAGGAGAAGUCACACCACCAGAUGCUGAUACCAGUAAAAAUCCUUAUGUUCUGCGGAAAAAAAGGAAAGCUGCAGAUUCCCCAGGAAGAAGACGCUACUCACUGCGACCGAGGAAGAUCACUCUCCGCGCCUGA